AUGUCUUUCCACGACGGGAAAAUGUCGCCAUCUUUGACGUUUUCAAUGGACGACGAUGACAACAACAGUGUAAAAAUCGAGAACAAAGAUCUAAAGGACUCCGAUGAAGAAGGCAUAGAAUACCGCGAGAAACACACUGAAAUACACGAGCAGGUCUAUCAGGACAGAUUGGCCGGCAUCCAAAAUCAACUACAGCAGUUGCGUGAUGGGACACACGAGGAAUAUAUAAAGGAAUUGAAAAAGUUGGACGCACAACAUAAAAAUGAACUAAUGAAGAAUGAUUUGAGGCGAGACUGUUUGUUUGAUGACAUUGAAAGAGAAUUUAAUAGAGAACGGCGUCUCGCUCACAAAGAGUUUGAAGAUCGUAAUGCUGAACUCACUGAGACUUUGAUAUCAGGAUUAAAUGAAAGGAAAAAAACUAUAGAACGUGACUUUUUAAACAUGGAACUUUCUCUUGACUCGCCUAAUCAAAAGUCUGUUAUGAAAAGGAAACUGAGAAGAAGACCAAUUAAUAACCCAGUUGUGCCAGCAACCCGAGAAAAACGUCACAAACGCCCAUCACCUCUAUCAAAUAAGUAUUUUUUGUUGCAGAAAGAUGAAAUUGAACGGGAUGUAAAACUUAUUCAAGACUCAUUGUCUUCGUUACCAUAUACUUCUACUACAACAACCCCUCCAGUCAAUACAUGUUAUUCAGUAAAUUCUUUUAUCAUUUGGAAACCAGAAUGUCUUCCGAGUACUAGUUCAUCAACUGCAGGUAACAUGAGUCUUAAAAACUAUCAGGGUCCAGUUAGUGAAGGAUCAUCAGCUAUUCCAGAUACGCGAAUUGAAAAUGGAAAACUGUUGUUUGAAAAGAGAUGGUAUCAUCGGGGCCAAACUGUUUUUGUCAAAGGAAGGAAAAUGGCCGAAUUUCCAGCUGUUAUAUAUGCCAUUGGCCACGAAAGUAUUUUGGUUCAGAAAACAUCAGACGACAGUAAAUUGUAUAUCACCUUGUCUUACCUAUCAAAAGGUAAAAUGUCUAUAAAACGUCGAGCUGCUGUUUAA